AUGUUUCAAUACGCGGAUGACAUUGCACUUUUAACCGAAAAUGCAAACCUCUCAGAGUGCGCAGAGACUCUAACAGACGAUCUUUCCUAUCUGGAUGAGUACUUUCGGAAAUGGAGACUUAAGCCAAACCCAACCAAGACGGAGGUAUCCAUUUUCCACCUCAAUAACAGACUUGCAAAGUGUGAAAUCGAAGUUGUAUUCAGAGGAACACUUCUCCAAAAUAAUCCAACUCCGAAAUACUUGGGAGUAACCCUUGAUCGUACCCUCACAUAUGAGAAACACUUGCAGAGCCUAUCGAGAAAGCUUGGUUCCAGAAACAAUAUAAUAAGCAAAGUAGCUGGUUCGACAUGGGGAGCAGACGCUGAAACACUACGACAAGCUUCGCUAUCGCUAGUGUAUUCAACAGCUGAAUACUGCGCUCCUGUCUGGGCUGGUAGUCGACAUUGCAAAAAAGUGGACACUCAGCUCAAUUCCACCAUGAGACACAUCACGGGUACCCUAAAACCGACUCAAACGCAGUGGCUACCAGUAUUGGCUAAUAUUGCUCCACCUCAUAUUAGGCGUAACGAGGCUACACUAAGGGAGUGGUCUAAAGCUCAGCUUGUUACAACGCCAUUGCAAAACAUUGUUAACAAUGCGCCUAGUUUACGGCUGAAGUCCCGAAAUCCUUUCUGGAAUAGAUCCGAAAUGCUGAGGAAUGGCAAUUUUAGCUCCAAGCAGCAAUGGAACAAGGAAUGGGGAGAUGGAAAUUAUAAAAACUCUCAUCUAAUUGACGAUCCAUCUAAACCUGUAGAGGGGCUUAAUCUCUCAAGAAAGGACUGGGCAACUCUGAAUAGAAUUAGAACUGGAUGCGCAAGGACCGCCGCAAAUUUACACAAAUGGGGCAUCAAAGAUGAUCCCAAGUGUGAUUGUGGUUGUCCUACGCAAACAUUACAACACAUUAUAAAUGAGUGCCCACGUCGCCGGUUUGAUGGAGGAUUAAACAGUUUAAAUAAUUUGACUGCUGAGGCUAGGCUUUGGCUUUCUAAUCUUGACGUGCAACUUUAA